AUGAGAGUCACACAUGGCGGACCGGAGAUAUCUACGCUGUCAAGUCCAUCUGCGACCAGAUCGCCUACCUUCGUCGAUGCGAACUCACAGGCAAAACAAAUCAAUACUGUUAUGGCUCCAAGCUCGAUGAAUAAGAGCGUCCUCUUUGCUACAAAAACGCCAUUCUUCGUUUCAGACGCGGAGAAGAACGGUGGCAAGCGGCCUGAACAAAUAUCGUCCUACAACGACCGUAAGAAAGCAGAGCCAACCGAGCCCGCCCGAGACACCAGGAUAUGCAAAAGUGAAGCAAACAUGGUCACACACCCGCACAUCGAUUGCUCCAUCGUACGACAAGCCGGAGCCGAAGAGGCAGAGCGGGCCCGCCGAACGCAGGAAAUGCGAAAGCAGUUUUGCCUCGAGACGAUAUCCACCCCGGCUCCCUUUGACCCCAAUACAAGUGAGAAGCAGACGGCUGAGGAGCGCAAGGAUCUUGCUGCGGAGAAGAGAUCACAUUGCAACGUACAAAGACACAGGAGGGUUUCUUGCUCUCCCACCACCCUCAAGACGACUCCCACUGUCAAGGCUUCGCAAGGGCACGCCUUCGCCCCACAGGCAUGA